GGCCUGCCUCUGCCCGCGCUCGCCUCGGCCGGCGGCCCUUUCUGCUCGCCGGCCCCGGCCAGGUUGCCCCGCAGGGCCCGACCCCGCUCCUCGGCGGGCCAUGUGAGGGGAGCCGGGUGACACCUCCCACAGAAAUGGAGGCAAACAACCAUUUUAAUUUCACUGGCCUUCCCUCUUCACCUGCUGCCUCAGGACUGAAACCUGCUCCUUCCUCAGGGGAUAAUGUCUACACAAAUGGAUCUCCUAUGAACUUCCCCCAGCAAAGCAAAAGUUUAAAUGGAGACAUGAAUGUUAAUGGCUUAUCUACUGUAUCUCACACUAGUACUUCAGGGACCCGAUCCUCAAACAACUCUCACCUCCAUCACCCAUAUGACUAUCUCUGGAAUUACUCCCAGUAUCCAUCUGGCAAUGGCAACAACCUCAAAGAUGGUCCACUGUUCUCCCAAUAUCCAUUGAAUGGUACCCUUGAGAACAAUCGGCAGAACUCACCUGGACAUACCACCAGUCUGAGGGGAAAUGGUGGACAAGAGUUCUGGGCCAAUGGUACCCCAGGGACCAUGGGAUUAAAUUUUGAUUCAGCAGAGCUCUACGACUCAUUCCCUGAUGAUCAGAACUUUGAGAUCCUACAAAAUGGCCCAUCAAGCUUCUACACAUCAUCUCAGCCUUCUCCCAUGCUUGCUUCAGGGAAUCAGGACUUCUCACCACAGCAGGAUGAACCAAGCAACGAAGAGGCUGUGAAAGAACCACCAUCUACAGUUUCAGAAAACGGCACCAGAUUGUUGGGCAGUAUGGAGCUGGAGAAUGCACAGCCAGAGUUGAAAAUAUGUGGCUACAAUGGUUCUUCUCCGGUUGUUGAGCCUCUUAGCCAAGAGGCCUCUGUCUUGGAACCCGAUGCUGGGGCUAGUUGCCUUGAAGAUGCUUCUCGGAUCCCUCCUCCUCUGGAAGACUCUUUGGAGCCUUUUGAAUCACUAGACAGAGACCCAGGGACCGGAGAUCUGUAUGAAAUGGAUACAUCUGAACUUGUGAGUGGCAAAUCUCCACUGGAGGACCCUCCUGACAUUUCUGCCCUGGAUUGUCCUGGCAGCCCCUCUCUCAACCCCUCUGACUCCUUCAGCCUAUUGGCAGAUGACAGUCAGCCUGAUACCUCUCUUUUUGGAAGUGCCAGUUUGCCUCCUGUUCUUGGAGGGUCAGUUUUGCAAGAAAGCAGCCUGGAGCUGACAGGUGUGAGUGAAGUAGGGCAAGAGGGCACAGAGUUUCUUGAUUCACAGGCACCCCUUGAACCAGAAUCUCUAAAUGCCUCUUUGGAAGAGUCGGUCAAGAGCAGUUUUCCAGGCAAUCCUACAUCCACAAUAGACAGGGAUAGUAAAGAAGCUUCAGCCCUAAAUGUGUCUGCCAAAAGUGAUGUUCCAAGAAGGAGAAUAGCCACAGUAGAAGAGGUGCACUACCCCUUGAAGCACGGGUGGCGAAGGGAGGUGCGCAUCAAGAAAGGGAGCAACCGAUGGCAGGGAGAAACCUGGUACUAUGGACCCUGUGGCAAGAGAAUGAAGCAGUUUCCAGAGGUGAUCAAGUACCUGAGCAGAAAUGUUGGGCAGAGCGUCCGCCGUGAACACUUCAGCUUCAGUCCCCGAAUGCCAGUGGGAGAUUUCUUUGAAGAGCGAGAUACAUCUGAGGGCCUGCAGUGGGUAAAAUUGACACACGAGGAAAUCCCUUCGCGUAUCCAGGCCAUCACGGGUAAGCGUGGCCGCCCACGGAAUACUGAGAAAGCCAAGGCUAAGGAAAUGCCCAAGGUGAAACGUGGACGGGGCCGACCUCCCAAAGUGAAAGUGCCUGACCUGCUGAGCAAAACGGAUGUCAGAAUUUUGAAGAAGCUGGAAGCCCAAGAGGUUCUGAGUGAUGAAGAUAAGCUGAAGAUGACCAAGAUCAAGAAGAAAAUGAGACAAAAGGUACAAAAUAAGCAGAAGCAGGAAACCAAGCCACUGAAGCCCAAGGAGGCCAAGGCUAAGGAAACAAAAAAGAAGCCUAAGCCCCAAGCCAAGAAGGAGAAGAGCAAGCCAGAAAAGAGCAAGCCAGAGAAGCCAAAGGAGAAAGUGAAGCUGAAGGAAAAAGGGAAGCCCAAGGAAAAGAAAGUGGUACCAUCAGGGAAGGUUCCCCGGAAGGUUGAUAAGAAUCUCCUUGCUCAGCGCCGUCAGGAAGAACGGCAGCGGCAGCAGAUGAUUUUGGAGGAAAUGAAAAAGCCCACUGAGGAUAUGUGUUUAGGAGACCACCAGCCCCUGCCAGAAUUUUCUCGCAUUCCUGGAUUGGUUUUGCCCAGCCAAGCCUUCUCAGAUUGCUUAGCCAUUGUGGAAUUCCUACAUAACUAUGGCAAGGUGCUGGGCUUCGAUGUAGCCCGGGAAGUUCCCAGUUUGAGUACCCUCCAAGAAGGCCUCUUCAAUGUAGGAGAUAGUUUGGGUGAAGUGCUGGAUCUCCUGGUAAAGCUGGUGAAAGUGGUGUUGUGUGAUCCUGGCCUUCCCUCAUGCUGUCAGACUUUGAAGAUCCUAGGUGAAAAACUCAGUGAAAUAAGCCUGAACCGUGACACCGUGUCCGAGGUCCUCCGCUGCUUCCUCAUAGCCUAUGGGGGGGAUGAAAGCCUGUGUGACAGCUUGAGAACGAAACCCUUCCAAGCGCUGCCCCCAGAUAAAAAGGCUGCCAUUCUAGCCUUCUUGGUGAAUGAGCUCAACAGCAGCACCCUAAUCAUCAAUGAGAUUGACAAGACUCUAGAGAGCAUGUCCAACCAUAGGAGAAAUAAAUGGAUCAUUGAGGGAAAAUUACGCAGAUUAAAGAUUGCCCUAGCUAAGAAGACUGGGCGUCCCGAAUCAGAAAUCACCGGUUUGGAGGAAGGACAGUGGCGACGGAGCUCCCGCAUCCUCGAGGAGAAUGAGGACAAAGAGAUAGAAGAAGAGGAAAGAAGAAGAGCAUGCAAAACCCGGAGAGAUCCUGAAAAUGAGAGUCUGAUUUCCAGUGUGCCAGAGCUAGAGAGGCAAAUUGAAAAGCUUUCCAAGCGCCAGAUGUUCUUUCGCAAGAAGCUGCUCCAUUCCUCACAGUUGUUACGGGCAUCAUCACUGGGGCAAGAUCGGUAUCGACGGCGGUAUUGGGUCCUGCCCCAUCUAGGUGGGAUCUUUAUAGAAGGCUGUGAAGCCUCAGAAGCAGCCUCCCUCCCAGUGUCCAAGAAUUCAUUUGAAAAGGGAGAGGCUCUGAAAGAGGAAGAACAUGAAGCCCUGUCAAUCAAAAAAGAGAACACUGGCACACCCUCAGAUCCUGAUUAUAUGAACUGCACAACUUCAAGAUCAUGGAGUUGGCCAUGGAGAGGCAAUGUAGGCAUGUCGCCACCAGAGCACCUGGAAUCCAAGUUGCCAGAGCCCACACCCUUGUCUGUCAAUGGGUUUUUGGAAGAUCCCGUGUCCCUGGGCCAGUCUCAGCAUGACCUCAGUCAGUCAGCCUUUCUAUCUUGGCUCAGCCAGACACAGCAGGCCUCUUCAUUGUUUAACAGCUCUGUGCUCACCCCAGACAGUAGCCCUGGCAAAGGGGAUCAGUUACCCCCAGAUGAUCUGCCAGACUCUACAGCAGAUGAUGAAAGUAUCUCAGAAACACAAGUGGCCUGGUUCAAUCUGCUGCCUAGGACACCAUGUAAUGACUCUUCACUUGCUCCUUCCACUGAGCAAUCCUCUCGAACUUCACAGCUCUGCAAGCCAGCUACCAGGGACCAGUCAAAGACCUCAGCUCGGCAGCUGAAUGGCUACUCCACCUCUAGCCCAGUGUUGCCACCACUGUCCUCUACUCCACUGCAUUCCAGCUCCAGGGUCCACAGCGCGUGCUCCAGAGCCAAGGAUAUCUCCAAGAAGGCCCUUGAAUCUUCAGGGCAGCCAAGGCGACGGGGGCGCCCCCCCACUAAGCUUUUCAAACAGAUUGAGCAGAAAUACUUGACUCAGCUGACAGCACAGCCUAUACCUCCUGAGAUGCAGAGUGGCUGGUGGUGGUUGCAGGAUCCAGAGGAGCUGGAAGCUGUGGUGGAGGUACUACACCCACGAGGCAUCCGGGAAAAGGCCCUGCAUAAGCACCUUAUCAAGCACAAGGAUUUCCUGCGGGAUGUGUGUGCCCGAGCUGCCAAUGACCCCAUCUUCCAGAUUCAUUCUGAGGUUGCCAGCCACCUUAUCUCUCCAGAAGCCCUGGUGCAAUGGUCCAUGUCUGAGUGUGCCUUUGAGACAGACCUGUCAGUGCUUCAGUGGGUGGAGGAGCUUGAGCAGCGGGUGCUCAUGGCUGAUCUGCAGAUCCGAGGCUGGACGAGCCCAGAUCCUGAUUCUGUUAGGAAAGACUUGCAGUACUGUGAACAUGAACUAGAGCUCCUGGAAGACAUCACUGUAAAAAAUAGGCGGGAGGGGCCUGUCCUGCAGCGUGAAUCUAGCCACCCUCUGGAUCUUGCAGUGCUCCGUCUUGCAGACCUGGAGCAGAACCUGGAACGGAGAUACCUCAGAGAACCUCUCUGGCCCCCACAUGAGGUGGUAGUAGAAAAAGCUUUGCUGAGUAACCCCAGUUCCCUGGAGCAGAGUACCACAGAAAUUACGUAUGAAAUCACACCACGGAUGCGAAUGUGGCGCCAAACUUUGGAAAGAUGCCAUAGCGCAGCCCAAGUUUCUUUGUGCAUCUACCAACUGGAGCGCUCUAUAGCAUGGGAGAAAUCAGUUGUCAGAGCGACUUGCCUUGUGUGCCGAAAAGGGGAUGAUGAUGAGAAUCUGCUGCUAUGUGAUAGCUGUGAUCGUGGCUGCCAUCUCUAUUGCCAUCGUCCCAAGAUGACGGAGGUGCCAGAUGGUGAUUGGUUCUGCUCUCUCUGCAUCGCUCAGAUGCAAGGGGAAUAUCAGGAUGAGUAUGGCUCUCCACGACGGGGCAAGAAGCGGAAAAGUGGUACUUUGGGGACUUUUGCGGGGAAGGAAGAGCUCAGCCCUCGAUCUCGGGCAGCUGCUGCUGCCACCUCCCAACAGCAUAGUAUCCUGGCAAAUACAUCCCCCCGAUUCUCAGGUGAAGGCCUCUCUCCCUCCAAACGAAGAAGAGUGUCUACCCGAGGCCAGUGCGCUGACCUGACCUUCUGCGAGAUCAUCUUGAUGGAGAUGGAAUCACACGAAGCUGCCUGGCCUUUCUUGGAGCCUGUUAACCCCCGGCUAGUGCCUGGCUAUCGGAAGAUCAUCAAGAGCCCCAUGGACUUUGCCACCAUGAGGGCCCGGCUGCUGCGUGGCGGAUACAGCCGUUGUGAGGAGUUUGCUGCUGAUGCCGCCCUGGUGUUCGACAACUGCCGGACCUUUAAUGAAGAUGAGUCGGAGGUGGGCAAGGCAGGGCUGGCCAUGCGCCAGUUUUUUGAGAGCCGGUGGGAGGAAUUUUAUCAGGGAAAACGUGAGACAAACCCAUGAAGCUGGCAGAGUGGGGAGAAGUGCGAGGAGCCAAAGGGGAAAGUGCCUCCCCUUUUACCCUGGGCUGCACACUUGUCUCUUCUGGAGCUCAUCUUGCUACCUGCUGAUUUAAUUUUUUCCCCUUCACAAUGACUGGACUUGGAUUGGCAUUUAACAUCACGCCUUGAUUCUCUUCACUCCAAGCAACACAAACUCUGACUGUAUAAGCCAAAUAAAAUAUAUCUCUCUCUCCUUUUUUCAAAAUGGAAAAAAAAAAACAACCACCCACAUCCCCACCUUAGCUGGGGCUAUUUAAUAAUAGCAAUAGUUCUUAGUGAAUGUGUAAGAACACUUUUUUUCUGUGCAGUGUCAGUACCAUGCAUUAAUGGCCAGUAAUGUGGACAUUUAAGUUUUCCUCCUUUUUAGAUUCUCAUUGAAAUGUAUAACAGCAGAUCACUCCUGCCUCUGGGAACGACAACCUUGAUGAAACUAAAACAUGCUGCUUCUCUUCCCUUUGCCCCUCCCAACUCUGCCUCAUCCCAGCUUUCCCCUUUCAAAAGAGCCUUCGUUUCUGUGGCCAGCUUUUUUUUUUCUAGCCAGAUUUCCUUUUCAAAACCCAAGAGUAGAGUUUAGAGUUGGUGUGCGCAUUGGGAAAGGAUGUUGAGGGGCUCUGCCCCUGUGGAUGCGAGGUGCACUCCCUUGGAAAGUUCUCAAUCCUUCUAGCCAGGCAUCCUUCAUUUAAUCAAGAAGUCCUCCUCCAGUGGAGAGGUGUCCAAAUACAAGCCUCUGUAUGAAAAGUCAGGGGUGGGUGGGGUUAUAUUCCCUGGUUAGAUUAAUUUCCAUCAACUGUCACAUUUACCCACACUUGGUCAGAGCUGAGUUAGUCCAAAUUUUAUUUCUAAGAAAACGGAACAAAAUGGGAAUAAUCCAGAGCAGUUAUCCAUUAAGCAGGCAAUGUCGCCCGGAUCAUAUUUUUUCUCAAGGCAUGCAAACAAUGAUAAAGUUGGACUAAUCUUUUCACUCCCCCCUUCCUCCUGAUCUCUCCACAGGGGCAGUUAAUGAAAUCACUAUGGUAUCUUGGAGGAGGUUCCUCUGUCUAAUGGUCAUACAGUUUAUUUUCCCUCCGAUAGUGAGUAAUAUGCUGGAAUGACUCACUGGGCUAUGAGGGCCAAGUACACGGGCUUGAAAGACUGGGCUGCUUCAGUCUGCAUCUUUGGGGAAACUGGCUUUUGGAUGCUUGAUGCCAGUGCUUCUGGAGGUCAUAACAGGAGAUCUCAGCCUUAUUUGAAGCCCUCCCCAUCCAAUUCUGCCCCAGUGUUAUUCCUCAGGGAUAGCUACCAUCCACAAAGCUUGAUCUGACAUCUUUGUGAAUGUGUGGAAGGGUUGUUUGUUUCCUGCCUUGGCCUGUGACUCCCAUAAUCUAUUGUAAGGUUGCUUCCCUCCUGAGAAAGAUGUGGGAUUGUCUCCAUUAUAAUGGAAGGAAUACAGUCCUUUCAUUCUUCAGUAGCUAUCUGGACCUCAACAAGAUGAUGGAGGAUUGUCACUGUUUCUCUUCCAUGUUAGGUUAUUUCCUGACCGUGUUUUAAUACAUGGGAUCUAAAGUGCAGCCUCCUUUGAUUAUCAAGGCUGGUGCGAUUCAGUCUAAAUGCAGCUUUGGAUGUUAGAGGCAAGUGAAGGCAAAGUAGAAAUCUUUGUAUCUCAUGAUGCGGGAUACAAGUUAUUGCUUCCUACCUUUACACAGGAGGCACAAACGUUUUGAAAUAGAGGAGCUAGUGCUAAGCCAGAGACCUUUCUGUAAUAUCCACAGCUGACUCUAGUUUAAAGAUCCAGACCUGUUUAUACGUGUUUCCUUUCAUUUUGGUCUACAUUUUCUAUAUAGUAUUUAAUUUAUACACAUAACACACGUGAAUAUUUUAACCUACUCUAUAUUUGAACUUAGUUGAAUGUUUUAAGAGGAGGAAGCAAACUUUUGAUUUAUUUAACCAUAAUAGUUUUCCUGCAUAUCAUUUCUACCAGUUUGUCAUUUGCUCCUGUGCAUCUGGGUGUCCGGUGCUAGAUGCUUGCCAGAUUCAAGUAGUGGUUGAAACCAAUCUCCUCUUAAGUCAUUCCCUCCCUUGUUUGUCUGUUACUGAAGCCAGAAAUGGAUAGUGGUCACAACAAAGGCUCCAUCUCUUUACCUGCCUGUGUGUGUGUGUGUGUGUGUGUGUAUACACACAUGCAUGCCGGUGCAUACACCAGUUGGCUGGUUGAUGCUUUAAAGAAAAAUCAAGAAGUGUCCCUGAGAACUUUUAUUAAGCAAAAGAUAAGAUAAAUUGGCCAACUUUUUCAGCCUCAGCAUAGCAGCUCUCUCUCAGUCAUUCCUUGAUGGCACAUUGAUGCUUGUUUGCAACCUGUAUUCCAAGACAGAACAUGAUCCAGGAACUCCCACCUCACACCGUUGCUGAGAACCGGUUGCCAGAGCACCUGUUCUGCUGGCCUGGGCUCUGUCCAAGAGCUGCUGGCUUGGGGAAUCUCAUAGCCAGCCACACUACGACGAGGGGGCUGCUCUUUGGUCCUUUGCUGGCUUCUGCUCUCAAAUGGUGAUUCCGCAACCCCUAUUCUGGUGCACCCUCCAUACAGUAUAUGGGACUGUUCAGAGGCAGCAACCUGGUUCUUCCAUUUUUCUCCCGCCACUUUUGGUGGAUCCGAGGCGCAGAAAGCCACCCCCUGGAACCUUCGCUCCCUUGCUGCUUUCAUAUCCAGCCUGGCUCCUCAAACCAUUAUAAUUACGGGUAUCGCUUGGGGCAGAUACGUGGCUGGCAGGGCCCUAUCAGGAGAUGGCUUUCCUCCCUGAUAUCCACCUGUGCUACACUGAAGUGACAUGGGGGCGUGUCUGUGUGUGUGUGCACGCGUGUGUGCGUAUUUUCUCCUCUCUCCGCGUCAACCAAUCCAAUUGCAAGAGCACUGAUGUAAGUAAAAUGUAACCACAGGUGAUAGAACCUGGAGAUGGAAACCUCCCUUACUGUGCUUCCUCCACCCCAGCCUCACUUCCUUUCUCAGUUGUUUUCAACAAAACGUAGCCUUUUUAUAUCAAAUAACCUCAAUCUUUAUUUUAUUUUAAAUUUGGGGAUUUUUGUUUUUUGGCUUUUAAAAUAAAGAGGUAGAGCUGAA